UAUCUGUCGUUUCAUUAUUAAACUCUCAUCGGAGAUUUGAAAACUAUUAAGACACGAUUAUUAGAACAUUUCUGGGGAUUUUUUUCUGUGUUGUGCAAGAUGUUGAAGAAAAUGUUUGUUGUGAUUUUGAACUGUUUCUGGAGUCUAUCUGGUGUGUUUGGUAGUGAGUCUAGGUCAGUGAUGGAGGGAGAUUCUGUAAUUUUAUCAGUCAGUCUCACUGAAACACAGAGAAAUCAGGGAAUCUCCUGGAAGUUUGGACCUCGGGAUGUCACCAUAGCUGAAAUUGAAGUUAGUGACAGUAACAUCCGUCUAUAUGAAGAUAGAGCUAAUGGGAGUUUUAAAGGCAGACUGAAGCUGGAUUACAGUGGAUCUCUCACCAUCACAAACACCAAAACCAAUGACUCUGGACUUUAUAAAGUGUCCCAAACCAGCGCAGACAAACAACUCAGUGUAUUCAACAUUAAUGUCUAUGCUCCUCUUCCGGUUCCUGUCAUCACAAACGCCUCUCCAGAAAACACUUCAUCAUCAGAAAGAUCAAACUGCUCCUUGUUGUGUUCAGUGUUGAAUGUGAGAGGUGUGAGUCUCUCCUGGUACAAAGGAAACAGUUUAUUGUUUAACAUCAGUGUGUCUGAUCUCAACAUCAGACUCUCUCUACCUCUGGAGGUUGAAUAUCAGGAUACAAACACAUACAGAUGUGUGGCCCAACAUCCUUUAAGCAAACAGACUCAAGAUUACUGCCUUACUGAUCUCUGUCAACAGUGUUCAGGUCUUCCUGUCGUUUAUAUUGUUCUCAUCUGUUGUGGAUUUUUGAUGAUGAUUGUAGCUGCAGUUUUGAUCUUCUGCAUCUGCAGGAAACUCAGAAUUACAGCUAAUAAAUGUGAAGACACUGAAGAGGAUGAUAACAAGUUUACAAUCCACGAGGAAGAUAAUGAAGAGGAUGAUAACAAGUUUACAACCUAUACGAGAGUUCCUGAAGUUGGUGCUUCAACCUAUGAGGGAGACAAUGAAGUGGGUGCUUCAAUCUAUGAGGUGUCUUGCAAGAGAAACCCAUAUAACAACAUCAUUUAGAAAUGUUUUUCAUAAAUGCUCCAUACUAUUGUUAUGUAUUCAUGUUAAAGCUUGUGUGUUUGUGUGUUUAUAUCUGUGCAGGGAGACAAUGAAGUGGGUGCUUCAAUCUAUGAGGUGUCUUGCAAGAGAAACCCAUAUAACAACAUCAUUUAGAAAUGUUUUUCAUAAAUGCUCCAUACUAUUGUUAUGUAUUCAUGUUAAAGCUUGUGUGUUUAUAUCUGUGCAGGGAGACAUUAAAGAGGAUGAUUCAAAAUAUCUGGUAUCUCACCAUAGAAACAGAUAUAACAUCAUCAUUUUGAAAUGUAUUUUUAUAAAUGCUCCAUACUAUAUUUAUGUAAUCAUGUUAAAGCUUGUGUGUUUUGUGUGUUUAUAUCUGUGCAGAGAAUCACUGAAGCGGAUGAUAACCAAUAUUCAACCUGUAAUGAUGAUCUUAACUACAGCUCUGUUAACCACCUUGAACAGGUCAAUUAUGUUGACAAGGUUUUCUUUGUUACACAGACCCCCAAGAUCAACUUUAAAAGAUAAAAUAAAUACAGUGGCUUACAAUAUUUCAAAAGUUGAGACAGAAGCAGACUGUGACAGACAAGGUUGAGACUUUUUACAGUCUAAAGUUUGUAUGAAGUAUCAGAACUUUACAUCCUGUGGAAUUCUGUGGGUAUAAGUGGGUUAGUUAAGCAUACCUUAUAUGUUUUUAUAAGCUUUAAAAGUGGAACUGGUUAAAACCACAGAAAUGGUAAAUGUUAAAAUGUGCUUUGCAGAAUGAUAAAUAUCUGCUUCGCGAAAUGUUUAAAGUUUGAUUAUUUUCUUUUAUAAGAUAUAUGCAUGCCUAGCUUGAUAACAAAAAACGCUUAAAGGUACUGAGAAACUCAAGAGAUGAUUUGAUGCAUUUAUGCCAAAAUUAGUUGGUAUCUUGAAUGUUUCUCUGUGUAACCAUACAGCUAUCAAUUUGGGGAAUGAACAGAGCCUGAACCUUGUGGUGAAUACUUC